AUGUGGCUAGUCUGGCUCGGACAGCUCAUAAGUCUCAGUUAUUCUUUUUGUCCCCUGCGCAAUUGCAUAAAGUGUCCAGUCACUGAUGCUGAUAAGCUUUGCGAAGUUUGUAAGCUUGGAUAUUAUCUCGAUUCCACAGAUAACGUUUGCUUGCCUUGCUCCACGACCGUAACACACUGUAGCAGGUGUAGCGCUGACGGCAAAAGCUGCUAUUCAUGUGCUGAUGGUCGUGUACUGAAAACAGUUUCUACAGGGCAGUCGACCACACAGGAAUGUUUCCUUAGUCAGGAACAGCUCUGUAGUGCAGUGUCCAACUGUGGUCUUUGCACCGUCACUGAUAGCACUACUACUUGUGAUGCAUGUCUGCCAGGAUACUUCCUGCAAAGCUCUUCAAAUGCUUGUGUGAAAUGCGCUGAGAAUUGCGUCUAUUGUUCAGCAGAGUCCACCUGCACAUCUUGUAAGGAUAACUAUACACUUUCAUCACCGCUGCCUUCUACCUGCACUGCAUGCACUCUUCAGAACUGUGACCUGUGCUAUGAUGGUUCUAUUUGUGACACUUGCUCUAGUGGAUUCCACCACAACGAUGCUGGAACUUGUGUGCAGAAUACUAACUGUGAUGAUGUUGGAUGUAAGGAAUGCAACGGUGGACAUGCUCCGUGUACGAAGUGCUACAAAGGAUAUUACCUUACAGGUCAGACCUGCACUCUAUGCAGCGUCGACAUCUCCAACUGUAUCCUCUGCGAUUCUCCAUCUGCAGGAGCCUCUUCCCGUGCUACUCUGUCAUGCACUCGGUGCCAACAGGGUUAUCACUUGAGGGAUAAUGCCUGUGAGUCCUGCUCAGAUAUAACUAAUCACUGCCAGAGCUGCCCUAGUGGAAUUUGUACGUCCUGUGAGCCAGGGUACCAGUUGAUGAACUACCCGCGCUACUGCAAAGAGAAAACAACAACAGAUUGCUCAAAUCUCAGCAACUGCCUGGCUUGCACGUCUGAUUCUCGAUGCAUUAGCUGUGCGCCUGGGUACUCACCAACAAAUGGUGUUUGUGAGCUUUACACUGGCUGCGCCGUUGCCAACUGCGGGAUCUGCAGGAGCGAUCAAUACACCUGUGACUUCUGCGUUCGUGGAUACAGACUAGAGAAUAACCAGUGUAUAUCGAAGUGUACAGAUAGAAACUGUCAUACCUGUAGCCCUGGGGCAGACGGACAGGAGGUCUGCAAACAGUGCAUGCCUGGAUACAUCCUUGAUACAGACAGUAGCGUGUGCACCUCAUGCGGCGUUGAAAAGUGCGUUUCGUGUUCUGUAUCAACAGAAGCAAAGAAGGCGUCAACUAGCCAUGCCUAUAGGAGCUUCUCUAGGUGGUUACAGCAGUUCCAAUCCAAGAGAGCUGCAACCGCUCCAUCUAACCGGAUAGAGGAUUGGGAACAUAAGUUGAAAGCAAUAGCACAGUAUUAUAGACUCACUGAUAUCCAAUUGAAUAACCUGCGGGUUGUUCUCUAUGAUUACUUUACAAAUGGAUCCAUUUCUAUGCAUUUAUUCAACGACUCCGACCUUAUUUUGAAAGAAAUAUCUAAGGUAUAUACCAGCGGCAAACAAGGAGUAACGGAGGCCAGCCUAUCUAGUGCCAAGCUGUUUGUCUGCUCAAAGUGUGAAGACGGGUAUACCCUAACGCACAAUACCUGUGUGAAGCAAACCCUGACUGCAAGUAAUAUUGUGGGCAUAAGUGCCGGUGUCAUUUUAGCAGUCGGGAUAAUUGCUGGGGCAAUAGUCAUGACAGUAACUUCAAAGAAGCACAAGUAG